AUGUCAGUAGCCAAGAAGCAGACUGAACAAGACUUUGUCAUCAAGUCUUCGUCGGUUACUCCGACUUUAGAUACUUCAGAAUGGCCUCUUUUGCUAAAGAACUAUGACAAACUGAAUGUGCGCACAUCUCAUUACACUCCCAUUCCAUCUGGAUGUGCUCCGCUUAAAAGAGAUCUUUCAACCUACAUCAAAUGCGGCGUAAUCAAUCUGGAUAAGCCUGCUAAUCCUUCUUCCCAUGAAGUUGUGGCUUGGAUUCGUCGUAUUCUUCGCGUGGAAAAAACCGGUCAUUCUGGAACUCUGGAUCCUAAAGUCACUGGAUGCUUGAUUGUCUGUGUAGAUCGUGCUACUCGUCUUGUCAAAUCUCAGCAGGGUGCAGGAAAAGAAUACGUGUGUGUGCUGAGACUUCAUGAUCUUAUUGAGUCUGAAAAGAAACUGGCUCAAGGCAUUGAAACCCUCACUGGUGCUCUUUUUCAACGUCCACCACUGAUAUCCGCUGUUAAACGUCAAUUGCGUAUUCGUACUAUUCACGAAUCUAAACUGUACGAGUUUGACAACGAUCGUCACCUGGCAGUCUUUUGGGUGAGCUGUGAGGCUGGUACUUAUAUUCGAACCUUGUGUGUUCAUCUUGGUUUGCUUCUUGGUGUCGGUGGUCAUAUGCAAGAACUGCGUCGUGUUCGAUCUGGAGCCAUGGGUGAAGAUGAUGAAAUGGUGACGAUGCACGAUAUUUUGGACGCUCAGUGGGUUUAUGAUAACAACAAAGAUGAAUCCUAUCUUCGUCGUGUUGUUCGUCCUUUGGAGACUCUCUUGACUUCCUACAAGCGCAUUGUGGUCAAGGACAGCGCAGUCAAUGCAGUUUGCUAUGGUGCAAAACUCAUGAUUCCUGGUCUUCUCCGCUACGAAUCUGGCGUCGAUACUCAUGAGGAAGUUGUUCUUAUGACCACCAAGGGUGAAGCCAUUGCUCUUGCUUAUGCCAUGAUGAGCACUGCCGAAAUGGCUUCGUGCGAUCACGGUGUUGUUGCCAAGAUCAAGCGUGUUAUCAUGGAGCGUGAUACCUAUCCUCGCAAAUGGGGUCUCGGUCCUAUUGCACAAGAGAAAAAGAAGAUGAUCAAAUCAGGUAAACUGGACAAGUAUGGUCGACCUAUCGACGAAUCUUCCAGUACCUACACAAAAGAUUAUGCAACUGGCGGUGCUGCUAAAUCUGCUACAAUGGACAUUUCACCACAAAAGCCCAUGAUUACUGAAGUUGAGCCUGUGGCAGAAGUCAAAAAGCGCAAGGCAGACGAUGAGUCAGAAGAGCCCAAAAAGAAGAAGAAGAGCAGCGAAGACUCGGAACAUAAAAAGAGUAAAAAGUCCAAGGAUAAAGAUCACGACAAAGAGUCGCCUGAAAAGAAGAAGAAGAAGAAGAAGGACAAGUCUGAUGAAUAAACGUUUAGGUUUUUAUUUUGCUGUACAUUAUCUUGCUCUUUAAUGUAGACGCAUCAGAAUAACGAGUAGCAUAUUCAGAUACUGCAAUGUCUUGGAUUUGAUAUCUGCAGCAAUUUAGUUGCAGUCACAACCCAAAUAAGCUCAUCAUAAAAUCGAUUCAAAUUCAUUUCAAAAUAAAACAAUCGGUAUUUAAAAGUG